CCGGCUUCGUGGUGACACGGGGCUUCGCCGCGGGCCCGGCGGAGGGCAGCAAGUUAGCCCGCGGCGGGGUGGCGGCGGCGGGCCUGUGAGCGUGACCUAUUUACAAGACCAGCUACCACUGAUGAAGAAGUGUUGGAGUAGUUGCUGAAAUUGACCCUUUAUUGACCUGAGGCAGUCUAUUUGUUCUACGUAAUUUUGGUUAUUCCACUGCUUUGAGCUUUACUGUAACGGCUGAGAAACUUGGAAAAUAAAGUAACAUGAUAUGGUCUUGAACCUUCUUUUUGAGGAAAUAUUAAAGUACCUGAGUGAAAAGCCAGAAUGGCAGCUAGAGAGAGGCUCUUUGAACUUUGGAUGCUUUAUUGUACAAAGAAAGAUCCAGAUUACCUGAGACUGUGGUUGGACAAUUUUGUUUUAAGUUAUGAACAAUUUUUAGAUGUUGACUUUGAAAAGCUGCCUACGAGGGUAGAUGAUAUGCCUCCAGGAAUAUCUCUGCUUCCUGAUAAUAUUCUGCAGGUUCUGAGGACCCAGCUGCUACAUUGUGUUCAGAAAACAGCAGAUGGGUUAGAGGAACAACAACAAGCAUUGUCAAUUUUGCUUGUCAAAUUCUUCAUUAUUCUUUGCAGGAAUUUAUCAAAUGUAGAAGAAAUUGGGACUUGCUCUUAUAUUAAUCACGUCAUUACCAUGACAACACUGUAUAUUCAGCAAUUAAAAAGCAAAAAAAAGGAGAAGGAAAUGGCUGAUCAGACAUCUAUUGAAGAAUUUGUGAUCCAUGCACUGGCAUUCUGUGAAAGCUUGUAUGAUCCGUAUAGAAAUUGGAGACAUAGAAUUUCAGGACGAAUCCUUAGUUCUGUGGAAAAGAGCAGACAGAAAUACAAACCGGCUUCUCUCACAGUGGAGUUUGUUCCUUUCUUUUAUCAAUGUUUUCAGGAAAGUGAACAUCUCAAGGAAAGUCUUAAGUGUUGCUUAUUGCAUCUCUUUGGAGCCAUUGUAGCCGGUGGGCAGAGGAAUGCUUUGCAAGCAAUUUCUCCAGCCACCAUGGAAGUUCUUAUGCGAGUUUUGUCUGAUUGUGAUUCAUGGGAAGAAGGAGAUCCUGAGGAAGUGGGUAGAAAGAGAGAACUAACUCUGAAAUGCCUUACACAAGUGGUGCAUAUCCUUCUCACUAGCAGCUCUGACCAGCGUCAGGUGGAAACCAGUACCAUACUGGAGAACUAUUUUAAGUUGCUUAAUUCUGAUCACUCAGCUUUACCUAAGCAGGGGAGGUCCAGGCGGUGGGAAAGCCAGUUCAUAGCUCUUCAGAUUAAGAUGCUCAAUACCAUCACCGCCAUGUUAGAUUGCACAGACAGGCCCGUUCUUCAGGCCAUUUUCCUCAAUAGUAAUUGCUUUGAACAUCUCAUACGACUUCUUCAGAACUGCAAGGUAUUCCAGGGGCAGCUGGAUUGCUUGGCUGUGUCAGCCAUUCAGGCUUUGACAGCAGUGAUGAAGAAUUCUCCAGCCGCUAAGGAAGUAUUUAAAGAAAGAAUUGGUUAUAUGCACAUGUUUGAGGUAUUAAAAUCUUUGGGCCAGCCACCACAAGAACUGCUUAAAGAACUUAUGAACAUGGCUGUUGAGGGUGAUCACACUUCAGUUGGCAUUUUGGGCAUUAGUAAUGUCCAUCCUCUCUUGGUUCUUAUCCAGUGGCUUCCGGAGCUAGAAUCUCAUGACCUGCAAAUCUUUGUCUCUGAUUGGCUUAAAAAAAUUUGUUGCAUUAAUAAACAGAGCAGAACUACCUGUGUGAAUGCAAACAUGGGAAUAAAGAUCAUUGAAGCCCUUGAAUCCCAUUCUUCCCUACAUCGAACUUGUGCCGAGAACUUGAUUGCAAUCCAUGGUUCACUGGGGAGUCAGUCUGUGAGCUCGGAAGAAAUCCGUCGGCUUCUGCGAUUGCUGAGAGUAGAUGAAUCAGAGUGUAUUCACCCGUAUACCAUUCCUGUGACUCGUGCAAUCCUGACAAUGGCACGGAAACUCAGUUUUGAGAGUGCACUGCAGUAUUUUAAUUUGUCACAUAGCAUGGCCGGAAUUUCUGUGCCUGCCAUUCAGAGAUGGCCUGGGUCUGCAUUUUCCUUCACGGCUUGGUUUUGCUUAGAUCAGGAUCCGUUAACCCUUGGGAGUGCCAACAAAGGAGGAAAAAGAAAACAAUUAUAUAGCUUUUUUACAGGAAGUGGAAUGGGUUUUGAAGCUUUUAUUACCCACUCAGGUAUGCUGGUUGUGGCAGUGUGCACAAAGAGAGAGUAUGCAACAGUUAUGCUUCCUGACCACAGUUUCUGUGAUUCUCUCUGGCAUAACAUAACCAUCGUUCACAUGCCUGGAAAAAGGCCCUUUGGCCAGAGUCUUGUCUAUAUCUAUGACAAUGGACAACAAAAGGUUUCCGCCCCUCUCAGAUUUCCUGCCAUGAAUGAGCCAUUUACUUCCUGUUGUAUUGGUUCAGCUGGGCAAAGAACCACUACUCCUCCACCAUCUCAAAUCCCAGAUCCACCAUUUUCUACUCCCAUUACCCCUCACCGGACAUCAUUUGGUGGAAUAUUGUCAUCAGCCUCCUGGGGAGGAACAAUUGAAAAAUCGAAAUUGUUUACCAAAUUAAUUUCAGCUGGAACCCAAGAUAGUGAAUGGGGUUGUCCCACAUCUCUGGAAGGCCAGCUAGGAUCUGUGAUUAUAUUCCAUGAAGCUCUGCAGCCUCCUCAGGUCAAGGCUUUGUAUUUAGCAGGUCCAAAUUGCUUAAGCCUUUGGAAGUGUCAAGACUGUGAUAUGGCCGAUUUGUCAAGUAACAUCCUCCUUCACUACACAGGAAAGGCUUGCAAAAAUUCAAUUUGCCUUGACUUGUCUACUAACUGUUUGCAUGGAAGAUUAACAGGAAACAAAGUAGUGAAUUGGAACAUUAAGGACAUUAUCAAUUGCAUAGGUGGGUUAAAUGUGCUGUUUCCUUUACUGGAACAAAUAAGCCACUUUAGUGAUGGACAGACUUCUGAAGCAAUAAGUGAAAACACAGUUCCUGAAUUAGUAACACCUAGUGAACAAGAAUGUUUGGGAUCGGCCUCCACAAGGGCAUCAGAGUCAAGGCUGGAGAGAAAUCUAAUUGCAACAUUUAUUUUGAUUGUGAAACACUUUAUUCAGAGACAUCCUAUCAACCAGGAUAAUCUGCUUCAGUCCCAUGGAGUUGCAACUCUUGGUGCUUUACUUCAGAAGGUGCCAGGUUCUCUAAUGGAUGUUAAUGUAUUGAUAGCAAUUCAGUUACUAAUUGAACAGGUAUCAUUAGAAAAAAACACACUGUUGCUUCAACAAAUGUAUCAGUGUUUACUCUUUGACUUCCGUAUUUGGAACCGUGGAGAUUUUCCUUUUCAGAUUGGCCAUAUACAGUAUCUUUCGACGAUCAUUAAAGACAGCAGGAGAGUUUUCAGGAAGAAGUAUGGUGUGCAGUUUCUCCUGGAUACACUUAGGAUUUAUUAUGGGCAUGGUUGUACAUGUAAUGAGCUAUCUCCAGAUGAUAUUCGAACAAUAAGGACUUCUUUGUAUGGGCUAAUUAAAUAUUUUCUUUGUAAAGGUGGAACCCAUGAAGAAAUACAAAGUAUCAUAGGUUACAUAGCUGCUACUAACGAAGAAGAACAGCUCUUUGGAAUCUUGGAUAUACUCUUCAGUCUUCUACGAACCAGCCCAACCAGAGGUCAGCUUUUCUUACUGCUGUUUGAACCAGGAAAUGCUGACAUACUUUAUGCCCUGCUGUUAAAUCAGAAGUACUCUGACAAACUAAGAGAAAUCAUUUUUAAGGUCAUGGAACAAAUGUUGAAAUGCACAAAUGUUUAUGAACGUAGUAAGCAACGUAUCCGUCUUAGAGAAGUUGGCUAUUCAGGAAUUGGACUCCUCCUUAAUGAAGCACCAGUUAACACAUCUCUUAUUAAAAACCUUGUUAACCAAAUCAUUAAUACAGAUCCUGUUAUUAAUUUCAAAGAUCUAUUAUCUAUAGUAUAUAUCUGUCACAGAACACAUGUAAAUGUCAGAGUGGUCCUCUGUAGAAAGAUAUUACAGAUUUUGCAGUCCCUGCCAGAUGCAGCAUACCAGAUAUCACAACAAGUGGGUUGGCAAGACACCUUUGUUAGACUUUUCUUUAAAGCAAAUUUUGAAAAUGUAAAUUCUCUUAACAAACAUGGGAAGACAGUUUCAGUGAAAGAAAAUAAAAAUAUGUCAACUGAAGAUGUUAAGAGGAACUUUGAAAAAGUUGAUGAUGAAAAAAUGACGUUAGCUGACGUAUCUUCAGACCAUUGGAGUUUAGAAGAUAGUCAGUCCCUGAACUCAAACACACCAUUAUUUCAAGAAGACAGCUCUGAAGGAGAAUUAUCUUUCAAGUCAGAGAAUCAAGAAGAAUUCUGGCAUAGUAACACUUCCCAUCUGAGCUUAGAUCUCAGUGGAAUUGAUACAUGUGAAAUGAGCGAUAGUGGAAGUCAAGUGCCAGACAGUUCACCUAGCACUCCAUCUCCAGUAGAGUCUACUAAGUCAUUUUCUAUGCAGUCUGACAAAGAAAGAAGCGUCACAAAUGAAAUGGGCUUCAGUGAUGACUUCUCUUUUCUUGAAAGCCAAGAGAGAUGUGAAGAAGAACUUUUUCAGCUGCUUACAAAUAUUUUGAAUUAUGUUAUGUGUAAAGGACUAGAAAAGUCUGAUGAAGACACUUGGAUUGAAAGAGGACAGGUGUUUUCAGCACUAACUAAACCAGGAAUAUCAAGUGAGCUGCUUCGACCCUCAGAUGAAAUAAAACUAACUUUGCUACAGAAGAUGUUAGAGUGGGCAAUCACAGAAAAUAGAGAUGCAAAAAGUAGUCCUGUAACUGCUGAAAAUGCCUUCCGACUCAUGUUGAUCGUACAGGACUUUCUGCAGUCAGAAGGAUUGGUUAAUUCAAACAUGUGGACUGAGAAGCUUUUAGAAGAUGCCACACAGCUCCUUGACUGUCUGUCAGUAUGGUAUUCUGAGAAUCCAGUAUGGGUAAAACUCUCUCAGAUUCAGAUCCAGCUGCUUCUAGAGUUCAUCGAAAGAGGCAGUUUGCAGGUUUGUGCAAUGGCAUCAGCUAAGCUCAAUGCUCUUCUUCAGACCAAAGUGAUUGAAAACCAAGAUGAGGCAUGCUAUAUUUUAGGGAAACUAGAACAUAUUCUAAGUCGGUCAAUCAAGGAACAGACAGAAAUCUAUUCGUUUCUCAUUCCCCUUCUCCGGACUCUGGUUUCUAAAAUUUAUGAGCUGCUUUUCAUGAACUUGCACCUGCCUUCCUUGCCUUUUACUAAUGGAAGCGCUUCAUUUUUUGAAGAUUUUCAAGAAUACUGCAAUUCAGAUGAAUGGCAAGUUUACAUUGAAAAAUAUAUUGUACCUUACAUGAAGCAGUAUGAAGCUCAUACAUUUUAUGAUGGCCAUGAGAAUAUGGCACUUUACUGGAAGAAUUGUUAUGAAGCCUUAAUGGUGAAUAUGCAUAAAAGAGACCGAGAAGGAGGAGAAAGCAAGCUGAAAUUUCAGGAGUAUUUUGUGGAGCCAUUUAAUCGAAAGGCCCGUCAAGAGAACUUGAGGUACAAUAAUAUGAUUAAACAACUUAACAGUCAGCAGUUGGCGGCUGUUAGACGCUGGAAGGCGAUACUGCUCUAUCUUACAUGCGAAAGGGGGCCUUGGGCUGAAAAGAAACAGAAUCGAAUUCACUGGAAACUAGCUAAUGUUGAAAAUUAUUCCCGCAUGAGACUUAAACUGGUACCAAAUUAUAAUUUCAAAACCCACGAGGAAGCUAGUGCCUUAAGAGAUAAUUUAGGUGUUCAGCACUUACAGCCUUCCAGUGAUCCAUUGCUUUUGGAAGUAGUGAAACAAGUUAAACUCAGUGAUAUGGAAGAAGAUAAACUAGAACUUCUUGAAGAAGACAUGGCAGCUAGAGUAAAUAUUGAUGAAAAGGAAGAACAGGAUCAAAAGGAAAAAUUGGUGUUGACUGAGGACUGUGAACUCAUUACUGUAAUUGACAUAAUUCCCGGCAGAUUAGAAGUCACUACUCGACACAUUUACUUCCAUGAUAACAGUAUUGAAAAAGAAGAUGGACUGCGCUUUGAUUUCAAGUGGCCUCAUUCUCAAAUUAGAGAGAUUCACUUACGUCGUUACAACUUAAGGAGAUCAGCACUUGAGAUUUUUCAUGUUGAUCAGUCCAACUACUUUCUCAAUUUCAAAAAGGAGGUUAGAAACAAAAUAUAUAGCAGACUUUUGUCACUUCAUUCUCCUAAUAGUUAUGGAACAAGAUCACCACAGGAAUUAUUCAAAGCAUCAGGGUUGACUCAGAAAUGGGUGAAUAGAGAGAUAACAAACUUUGACUACCUCAUUCAAAUAAAUACCAUGGCAGGACGAACCUAUAAUGACCUUGCACAGUACCCUGUGUUUCCCUGGAUUUUGCAAGAUUAUACUUCAGAAGAGUUGGACCUAAAUAACCCUACUGUAUUUCGAGAUCUUUCUAAACCAAUUGGAGUAGUUAAUGAAAAAAAUGCCAAAGCUAUGCGUGAAAAGUACGAGAAUUUUGAAGACCCAAUGGGAAUGAUUGAUAAGUUUCACUAUGGUACUCACUAUUCCAAUUCUGCGGGCGUCAUGCACUAUCUUAUCCGCGUGGAGCCAUUCACCACCCUCCACAUCCAGCUUCAGAGUGGACGGUUUGACUGUGCAGACCGGCAAUUCCAUUCCAUCCCUGCUACCUGGCAGGCACUUAUGGAUAAUACAUAUGAUGUUAAAGAACUUAUUCCUGAAUUCUUCUAUUUCCCAGAGUUUCUAGAAAAUCAAAAUGAAUUUAAUUUGGGUCACUUACAAGUUUCCAAAGAACUGGUUAACGAUGUUAUUCUUCCAAGAUGGGCUAAGUCAGCUGAAGAUUUCAUUUAUAAACACAGAAAAGCUCUGGAGUCUGAAUAUGUUUCUGCUCAUCUUCAUGAAUGGAUAGAUCUGAUCUUUGGCUACAAACAGAGAGGGCCAGCUGCAGUGGAGGCCCUCAAUGUCUUCUAUUACUGUAGUUAUGAAGGUGCUGUAGAUCUUGAUGCGUUAACAGAUGAAAAGGAAAGAAAAGCCUUAGAAGGGAUGAUUAAUAAUUUUGGGCAAACACCUUGUCAGCUGUUAAAGGAACCACACCCUCCAAGAUUAUCAGCGGAAGAAGCCAUUCAGAAGCAGACCAAAACAGAAAUUUCAACCCUAAACCUCUUUCAACACCUCCCUGAACUGAAGUCAUUUUUUAUAGAGGGAAUUAGUGAUGGUAUUCCACUAUUAAAGGCCAUCAUCCCCCAAAAUCAGUCUCGUUCUUUUAUGUCUCAAGGCAGCCCUGAGUUACUGAGAAAAAUUCUUAAAAAGUCUAGGAAGCACAUCAUCACUCUCUGCAAAGACAUAAAAAUUAAGUGCAAUUGCGACCACAGAUCAUACUGUAGCCACGGUGGGAAUUACAAGUUAGGGAUCGGCUACUUCACAUUCAUCAAGGAUCAAACGGUGACCAACCCAAAAGCUCAGCGCACCAUCAGUGGUCCUUUUGCCCCAGGACUGGAAAUCACUUCCAAACUGUUUGUAGUGUCACAUGAUGCGAAGUUGCUCUUCAGUGCUGGACACUGGGAUAAUAGUAUCCAAGUAAUGUCACUUACCAAAGGCAAAAUUGUCUCACAUAACAUUCGACAUAUAGAUAUUGUGACUUGCUUAGCUACAGAUUACUGUGGAUUACACUUGAUUUCUGGUUCCAGGGACACUACAUGCAUGAUAUGGCAAAUAACACAACAGGUAGGCACUCCUGUGGGCUUAGCACCUAAACCUUUUCAAAUUCUCUAUGGACACACUGAUGAGAUACUGAGCGUGGGUAUCAGCACUGAACUCGACAUGGCAGUAUCAGGAUCAAGGGAUGGCACUGUGAUUAUACAUACCGUUCAGAAAGGUCAGUACAUAAGAACCUUACGACCACCUUGUGAGAGGUCCCUGUUCCUGACCAUUCCCAGUUUGGCCAUAUCCUGGGAAGGACACAUUGUCAUCUAUUCCAGCUUGGAAGAAAAGUCUGUCCUCAAGGAUAAGAACCUGUUACAUGUGUUUUCUAUAAAUGGAAAGUAUCUGGGGUCUCAAGUCCUGAGUGAACAAAUAUCAGACAUGUGCAUAAUUGGAGACCACAUUAUCACUGGCAGCUUACAAGGGCUCCUGUCUAUAAGAGAGCUCCACAGCUUGAAGCUCAGCGUCACUCCAUUAGCCAUGCGAUUACCUAUCCACUGUGUUUCCGUAACCAAAGAGUACAGCCACAUUCUUGUUGGCUUAGAAGAUGGCAAGUUGAUUGUCGUGGGUGUUGGCAAGCCAGCUGAGAUGCGAUCGGGUCAGCUUUCUCGAAAAUUGUGGGGAUCUAGCAAGAGGCUCAGCCAGAUUUCAGCUGGAGAAACAGAAUAUAAUCCUCAAGAUUUCAAGUGACUGUUCUUCCGCCUUCUGUGAUGGAGACUGAGCUUUGUUUAUUGUUUUGUCACUUUAGCUGUACCACUCCACUCUGAGAGUCUCUAAGGGUUUUAUCCUGAAAAAUGGACUACCAUGCUUUGAUAUUAGAGCAUAUGCCUGUAACACUAAUACUUGAGAGGCUGAGGAAGGUCGAUCUUAAAUUCAAGGCCAGCUUGUGCUACAUAGCAAGGCUGUGUCUCAAAAAUAAAUAAGUUGUAGAUUGUAUUAAGUCCAUAUUCAAAGCUUUGCCAAUAUGAGUCUAGUUUUAUUAACCAGUACUAAAAUUCAAUUGAGAAAAUAUUGAUUUAAUUUAAUAAUUUGAUUAAAUAAUUCCAAAUUAUUAAAUCCAUAUAAAAUUAUAAUAUUAUAUUUUGAGGUUAAAUUCCCUUAACCUAAGUAGCAAAAUUCAAGAUAUUCCUAAUAAAGUAGUCGUAUAAGAUAAUAGAGAGUUGAGAGAUGUGGCUUUUCAUGUGUUCUUUAGAUAAUCAUUUUUUUGUUUAUUGGCCAUUACAUUAAAAACAUCAGUUUACUCAUGAAGCUCCUGGUUAAGGUAAUAACCUUGUAGACAUUUUUUUACCAUUGAAUUUUCAUAAGUUACAUGUCUGCACAAUUGGAUUAAAUACAAACAUUGAAAUAGUACAGUGGUUCAUUUUCCUAUCCCUAAUAUUUAAUAUAUUACUAAUACAAUGUAUUUAAUUGCAACAAAAGUUUAAUAGGAAAAAGGAAAAACUAGAGAUAAGUUUUACAAAUGUACUUCAUUAAUAGUAUAUUUAAGCAAAAAAAAAAAAUGCUAAUUGUGGCUUUGACCAGUCCAGUCCUUUGAGUAGCAUUGCAGCACAAUUUACAUCUAUGAAAUUCACAUUUUUGUGCAUUUGUCUUUGUUAAACAAACACUGUAUGUACUCUCUCUUUAUUUAAGCAUUUUUACCCUGUUGAUUACGAGUUAUCAGUAAUGCCCUAAAAAGGUCAUGGUUUAUGGAAAUAACACUGCAUAAUUCAAAAUAGUUAUUUAGAUAAAGUAAUAUUAUG